AUGAUGCUUCUUUCGCAAGCCUCUCUCUUAUUCUUAAAUAUAUAUAUUUUUAUCUAUGGAGAAGCUGUACAAGGUAACUGUGUACAACAUUCUACGGAUUAUUCAUCUGUCAACCUUGCAGAAGAUGUAUCUAAUGCAAAAGAUGAAAAUAAAAGUAAUGAUACUCUUUAUAAGGAAAACUGUGAGGAAUCAUAUGAUGUUAAGCUUAAAAUUACACGAGAAGAAAAACAUUUCAUGUGUAGAAAUUUGCAAAAUUCUAUUAUUUCUUACACACGAAGUACCAAAAAACUACUAAGAAAUAUGAUGGAUGAGCAACAAGCUUCCUUGGAUUAUUUAUCUAAUCAGGUUAAUGAGCUCAUGAAUCGAGUUCUUCUUUUGACUACAGAAGUUUUUAGAAAACAGCUGGACCCUUUUCCUCAGAGACCAGUUCAGUCACAUGGUUUGGAUUGCACUGAUAUUAAAGACACCAUUGGCUCUGUCACCAAAACGCCAAGUGGCUUAUAUAUAAUCCACCCGGAAGGAGCUACUUACCCAUUUGAGGUGAUGUGUGACAUGGAUUACAGAGGAGGAGGAUGGACUGUGAUACAGAAAAGGAUUGAUGGAGUAGCUGAUUUCCAAAGGUUAUGGUGUGACUACCUAGAUGGAUUUGGUGACCUUUUAGGAGAAUUUUGGCUAGGAUUGAAAAAGAUUUUUUAUAUUGUAAAUCAGAAAAAUACCAGUUUUAUGCUGUAUGUGGCUUUGGAAUCUGAAGAUGAUACAUCAGCAUAUGCAUCAUAUGAUAAUUUUUGGCUAGAGGAUGAAACAAGAUUUUUUAAAAUGCAUUUAGGACGGUAUUCAGGAAAUGCUGGUGAUGCGUUCCGGGGCCUCAGAAAGGAAGAUAAUCAAAAUGCAAUGCCUUUUAGCACGUCAGAUGUUGAUAAUGAUGGUUGUCGUCCUGCAUGCCUGGUCCAUGGGCAGUCUGUGAAGAGCUGCAGCCACUUCAAUAACAAAACUGGUUGGUGGUUCAACCAAUGUGGCCUAGCAAAUCUGAAUGGCAUUUAUCACUUCCCUAGAAAAUUACUUGGAACUGGAAUUCAGUGGGGUACAUGGACUAAAAACAACUCACCUGUCAAGAUUAAAUCUGUUUCCAUGAAAAUCAGAAGAACUUACAAUCCAUAUUUUAAGUAA